UAAUUUUUUAAUUGUAUACUUUGAAAAUUUUGUGAUAAUAUUAAAAACAAAAAAGAAUGUUUUAUUCAGAGAGAAAAGAACCACCAAAUCCUGAGCACGUGAAAAUACUGCUGGAAUUCUUGGAAGUGACAUUCAACUCUAUUUUGUAUAGCAGAAAGUUAUAUCCAGAUGAAAUAUUUUCGAAGAAGAAAAUUUACGGUAUUUCUGUUAAAACAUCUCGAUAUCCCGGUUUAAAUAAAUACAUUAAAUGUAUUCUAACUUAUAUCGAAGAUUUUUUGAAAGAAGAUAUCGAUAGUGUGAAAAAAGUGAACAUCGUGAUUCAAAAUGAUAAAAAAGUGCCAGUAGAAAAAUUUGUCAUACAAAUGGAUAUUUUGCAGCAAAUGAUCUUACAAAAAACAGACUUCUACUUUGAAAAAAUUGAAGAUUCAAUAAAAAAACUAUUGUUAUCAUUGGCCACCAUUGAUAAUUAUCUCCAACCUUUACCUUCUAAUUUAACAUUCACUAUCUCACUUGCAACUAAUUUAAAAAAAAAUGAAUUUUUAGCAAAAAAUUUCAAAUUUCAAGAUUUUCCAUGGAAAAUGCACAAAAACCCUAGGGUUAAAAAAGGUGGCAAGAUACUUCCUAUGAAUAAAUUUGAGCCUGUAUAUUGUAUUUCUUGUUAUUCUAAUUGAAGAUUUAAAAGCUUAUGAAAAUUUUGAAAAAAAAUAAACUUGAUUACAUUAUUGCAAAGUUAUUCGUAAA